AUGUUUUCUCAUAUCGAUGCCAGAUGUCAACCCCCCGUGAGUGCCAAGAUUCUUUGUGGUGUGGUUGGCGCCGUCAUCAGUGGACUGUUUUCACUGGAAGUCCUUGACGAGCUCAUUUCAUUUGGCACGUUGAUGUUUUUCAGCUGCGUGUGUGUUUCCAUGUGGAAGAUUCAGGUGGAUUUUCCGGGUUUUCCGAGACCGUUUGUGGGCCCACCUUUCCCUUUUGUGCCUUUCCUUAGGGUGAUGCCUAAUUGUUUGCAAUUUUUUUUUUUUUCUGCUACUGGCGACCUUCCGCAGCAAACGUCAUUGUAG